GUCAAGCAGCACCUUGUCGACUGCUCAGGAGAAGCCCCGCCCACUCAGACCAGACUCCACCUCCAGCUGCUUGCCAGCCAAUGAUGACCCUGCGAUGCUGCAGAAUCGUGCAGGUUACUGAUCAGUGACGUCACAGUCGAGCUGAUUGGCGGUUGGCUGGUCAUGUGACGCCAGUCAAUCAAUGGGACGAUUAACAGCUGUCUUACCUGAAGCCGUGGCGCUGCUCCGCGGCGUCACUCGACCUUCAUGUCGCCAAAAAGACUCCGCGGGACUCGGGCGGGAGCAUCAGUGGCGCCAAAGCCAAGUGGGACAUGUUCACACUUCCGGUGGGUGGUCGCGCAUGCCAAAAUAAAAGCUCACCCAGGCCGUUGCUUAAUGGGAUUAUUUUGCCUCCAGCAUAGAACACCACAUCGAAUAUCUAGUAAUCGUUUGUCUAACGGACAGUCACAAAACAAGGAAGUGUUGUUAGAAAGACAAAGCAGUUAAGAUGUGGGUUUUUUUUAACUGAGAGGAAGUAUAACUUAUUCAACUUUUAUUGAUGUUGUUUUCUACAAGGGUCACCUGACCACAGUAAAAACUAUAUUUACUAUACCGAAAAAUAGUCAACAGGAAGUCAUCUUAAAUUAGAGGACACGUUUAUAGAAAUGUUGGUAUAACAACGAGAAUUAACACGUUGGAUAAUGUGGACGUUAGUAACUCAAGCAUAAAAGAAAGUACAAGGUUUAAUUUUGAAGUCACAAACCGGAAAUGCAAGAGUGAAUGAUGGCGAUUGACUCGGGGGAACAGACACCCUGAGCGGCAGGUUGGUGACCCGCCAGAAGCCGAACUGAGCCGGGCCGAGGAGAGGACCCGAAUCGAACCGGACCGGGUGAGCUCAAAGUGGACUAAAUCGAGGCUGAAAGUCACUUUCAUGGUUCUUCUGGGGGGCUCUGGGGCGCCCUUCCUGCCGCUGCUGGUGCUCCUCCUCCGCGGAUCUCCGGGAGACGCCGAGACGGUGUGUCACUGCAACGGGAAGUCCUUGUGUCACUGCGAUGGGGUGAAAGGUCAAAAGGGGGAGCCGGGUUACCUGGGAUACGGUGGGCUGCCGGGAGUGAUGGGUUACCCCGGCAACGAGGGAGGCCAAGGUCCUGAAGGAGAGAAGGGUCAGCGGGGCCUUGCAGGGCGUGUCGGACUGAAAGGCUCUCGGGGUAUUUCAGGACCACCAGGUUUUCCAGGACCCCCAGGCCUGCCGGGACUUCCUGGCCGUGAGGGGUCCACGGGACGGGCAGGGGUCCCAGGAUGCAACGGGACCCAGGGUGAAGACGGCUUCCCUGGUUUUCCUGGACGUCCAGGACCUGUUGGCCUGCGAGGCCGGCCUGGACUGAGAGGAGCCAAGGGAGACUCCGUCACCUUCCCAGAUUCUCCCGGCAUUAAAGGAGCACCAGGACGCCAAGGACCCGAUGGAGCUUUGGGCUUGACCGGAGAACCGGGUGGACCAGGUCUUCAAGGACCUCCAGGACCUGCUGGACUUCCUGGAAGUCCAGGGCUUCCAGGGUCCCCGGGAGAAAAGGGUCAAGAGGGUCCCAGUCCGGUGAUCCCAGGUCCCCAAGGUCAGAAGGGGGGUCGCGGACCACCAGGAGUUCCCGGCCAAAAAGGAAUCAAAUUGUAUGCAGAAGGACCCAAAGAACUGAAGGGCGAGCCGGGUGAUGUUGGGGAGAAAGGUUGUCCUGGACCUACGGGUCCACUGGGGGAAACGGGCCUUAAAGGAGACAAGGGCGAGCGAGGUGACCCUGGUACACUGGGAAAACAAGGAAAGGACGGACUCCUCGGAGAACUUGGGCAACCGGGAGAACCAGGAGACCGAGGGUACCUGGGCCCCCCAGGCAUCGAUGGAGCACAGGGCGAGAAAGGCGACUUUGGUCCUCCGGGUCCUCCAGGCGAGAUUUUUUUGAAGCACAGAUUCGUGAAGGGUCAGCCUGGUGUUCCCGGGCCACCCGGACAAGCAGGAGCCCCCGGCGAACCAGGACUUAUCGGGUUCCCUGGACUGCAGGGCGAGCCAGGGGAGGGUCCACCUGGUCAACCGGGUCCUAAGGGACCACCUGGCUUUACAGGCCCAAAAGGAGAACCAGGGGAGCCUGGGCCGUUCGUUAUUGGCCGUCCAGGACAACCUGGGGCCCCAGGAGCUACAGGGUCUGAGGGAGAACCAGGAGAACCAGGAAUACCAGAAUUACUGCAAGGAGAUGUUGGACUUCCAGGUGCCAAAGGUUUGAAAGGCCUGAUGGGACCUCCGGGGACCAGAGGACAGGAAGGCCCGGAAGGCGAGAAGGGGGAGGUGUGUUUGGUCUGUCCGGUUGUCGUGGGACCCCCUGGACCUCCAGGCGAACCAGGGAAACCAGGUGCAGAUGGGCAGAGAGGUGCACCUGGCACUCCUGGACCCAAAGGUCUCAAUGGGGUGAAAGGUAUUGCCGGAGUACCUGGUCUACAGGGCCUCUUUGGCAUCCCAGGACAGCCAGGAGCUCCUGGUUCAACAGGUGUACCUGGCAUUGUGAGGAGGAUCGGACAGAAGGGUGAUGUUGGGGACCAAGGAAUCACUGGACCUCCAGGCCGUGAGGGUGCAGAAGGAUCAUCUGGAAUACCAGGACCCAACGGGACACCAGGACUGAAGGGAAACCUUGGACCCCAAGGACCAAAAGGUGACAGAGGUCCUGUUGGAGAGACUGGUCCUAGGGGCCAGAUAGGACAAAUGGGGCCAUCAGGGCUUCCAGGCAUCGGGGUUCCAGGACCUCCAGGACCCCCAGGUGAUGUUGGAGUUUUAGGCCAGCGAGGAGAUCCCGGUAAACCAGGAGAAAAAGGUUCUUCUGGUGAAAUCAUAACCAUUCAGGGAGAUCCUGGCCAGAAGGGGAUUAAGGGUUCAUCUGGGAAUCCUGGACCAGAAGGUGUGAUGGGACGCCCUGGGAAUCUUGGACUGGUAGGUCUGAAGGGAGAAAAGGGAGAGGAAGGAUUUACUUUCCAGGGUCCUCCAGGCUUCCCAGGGGUGAAGGGACUCAAAGGCCUUCCAGGAAGACCAGGUACGGCAAGUUACGGAAGCAAGGGGCGCUCUGGACCAUCAGGGCCUCCGGGAAGACCGGGCUUGAAGGGGGAUGCCGGUUUUGGUUUUCCGGGUCAGCUCGGCCAAGUAGGGCCACAAGGAGAAGAUGGCUCUCUGGGACCACCAGGAUCUGAAGGUCCCCGAGGGACUUUUGGAGUUCCAGGAUCUGCUGGGUUGGAUGGACUUCCAGGUCCCAAAGGUUGUAGUGGUCUGGAUGGUGUUCCAGGACCGCCUGGUCCUGUUGGACCUUGUUUUCCAGGAAGACCUGGAUCUUUAGGAAGGCAAGGUCCGAUGGGACUCAUCGGCUUCCCAGGAGCGAGAGGUCAAAAGGGCCAGCUAGGUGAUCCUGGACUGCCUGGCAUGGGAGCCCUCGGACCCCAAGGACCAUUUGGGGUCCCGGGAUUUGAUGGAACUCCAGGUCUGCCAGGAGCCAUUGGGUUGAAGGGACAGAGUGGGACCACUGGUCAACCAGGAAUCCCAGGUAUCAGAGGAGACAUGGGUCUUCCAGGAGUCCGUGGAAGUCCGGGGGACAUAGGGAAGCCAGGAGAGGCUGGGAGUCCUGGGCCGCAAGGUCAGGUGGGUGUAGAUGGAACGACAGGUUCCCGGGGGCCACCAGGGCCUUGGGGAAACCCAGGGGAGAUAGGACCGAAAGGGGAACAGAUCACUGUGCAGAUGUAUGGAGACUCUGGAGACCUUGGAGAGCCUGGAACUCCAGGUCUGAGUGGUGCUAUAGGCAAUCAGGGUACCCCAGGAUCUCCAGGUCGUGACGGCACCAAUGGUAGACCUGGAAGUGCUGGACCUCAAGGACUUCCUGGAGAACCUGGUAGAGAUGGAGAGAUAGGCCCUCCUGGUUCCUGUGGCCUUCCCGGCAAUCGUGGUGAUCUCGGAAUGCCAGGUUGCAAAGGGGAAAGGGGAUCUUUAGGGCCUUGUGGAAAUCCCGGUUUUGAUGGAAAUGUUGGACUGGAGGGACUAAAGGGUGCAAAAGGGGAACCCAGUUUACCUGGACCUGGACCUAAAGGACAAUCUGGAGAGAAGGGACAGCCAGGUUGUCCAGGUCCUGCAGGUACACAGGGGACCCCAGGAAAUAGAGGAGACGAUGGUCCUCCAGGAGAUUGUGGUCCCUGUGGCCCUAAAGGAAACACUGGACCUCCUGGAUGCAGAGGUCCACCGGGCUCUUCUGGUAACAAAGGUUGUGAUGGGCCUCCAGGGGUCAACGGACCUCCAGGACCUAGCGGUCUUACAGGUAACAAGGGGGCUCCUGGAGAUCCUGGUUUACCUGGGUUCAGAGGUAGCCAGGGACAGGAUGGAAUACCAGGACCUCCUGGGGAAAAAGGAGCCAUGGGAGCACCUGGAAUCGGAGCCAGAGGAGCAGAAGGGACAAAAGGUCCACCAGGUUGUGCUGGAGAAAAGGGAUCCUCUGGUACGUGUGGUCAUCCAGGGCCAUCUGGUCCCGAAGGAAAUCCAGGUUGUCCUGGACCUCCUGGGUCCCCUGGACUUCCUGGUCUUCGUGGCAGGCCGGGACUCUGCACUGAAGGAGACAAUGGAGGAAAAGGACUAAGUGGAGAGCGAGGGACCACAGGUCCGCCGGGUUGUCGAGGUCCUCCUGGUCCUCCAGGUCCUGGACUUAAAGGAGAGAAGGGAACUAAAGGGGCAACAGGUAAACCUGGAAUACCUGGUUGCCAUGGGGAUCUUGGCCAGCGAGGCAGGCCGGGUGAAGACGGACCACAAGGAGUACCGGGACUUAAAGGCCUGAUGGGAGAAACUGGUGUUACAGGACCUGUCGGUAUGAAGGGCGAGGAUGGUCCACCGGGCCUCAAAGGUUCUCAUGGACCUCCAGGACAACCUGGGAGACAAGGAGAAAGGGGAAAGGACGUGUCCAGGGAUGUGGUGGUCUUACCAGGAGACCAAGGAUUGCCAGGAGAUGAGGGACUUCCAGGAGAACCAGGGAGCCCAGGAACCAGAGGGAGACCUGGUAGUACAGGCCCUAAAGGUAGUCGAGGGGUGGCUGGGCGGAGGGGCUGGCCUGGUUUUCCUGGGAUGAAAGGGGACAUUGGUGACAGAGGAGUACCAGGAACAACAGGUGUCAUGGGUACACAAGGUCCUAUGGGUGGAAAAGGUCCUCGGGGUUCCCCAGGUUCAUGUGAGGAUGUACCAGAGAAGGACGGCUUCCUGUUCACCCGGCACAGUCAGGAGGUUUUUGUCCCGGAAUGCCCUGCAGGAUCCAGCAAAGUGUACAGCGGAUUUUCCCUGCUUUUCAUCAACGGGAACAACCGAGCUCACGGACAAGACCUGGGUGCUUUAGGGAGUUGUCUGCCUCGUUUUAGCACCAUGCCCUUCCUCUUCUGCAACACGGACAACACCUGUCGCUACGCCGCACGUAACGACUACUCCUAUUGGCUCUCCACCCACCGACCGGGGCUCAGCACCAUGGCCUUCAUCUCAGGGCCGCUACUGAAGAAUUACAUCAGCCGGUGCACGGUGUGUGAGGCCACGGCCAACGUGAUCACGGUCCACAGUCAGACCCGUGAGCUUCCAUCGUGUCCGUCUGGAUGGGACUCCCUGUGGUCCGGUUUCUCCUUUGUCAUGGAAACCGGCGUGGGGGCCGAGGGCUCAGGCCAGCCGCUCUCGUCACCUGGAUCCUGUCUGGAGAACUUCCGCAAGAUCCCGUUCAUCGAGUGCCACGGCAGGGGGACUUGUAACUUCUACACCGACUCGUACAGCUACUGGCUCGCCGCUCUCAACCCGGACGACAUGUUCAGCAAGCCAAGACCUCACACGGAAGCUGGAGACCUUCCAGAAGACUUCAUCAGUCGCUGCAGAGUGUGUUCCAAGCGUCUGUGAACACCUGGUCUCGGUCUGUCGCCGUGCCAACAAGACCGCUAGUUGUUUUAGCAACAGCACCAGUGAGGGGUCUUCUUGACUAUGGCUCCCACCAGUUCCACCAGUGCGACAAAUGUAACUAUAAUGUGUGUGUGUGUGUGUGUGUGUGUGUGUGUGUGUGUGUGUGUGUGCGUGUGUGUGUGUGUGUGUGUCACUUAACUUCCAUUCAAGCUCACUUGCCUCAAGUUGUCGUCGUUCUCGGAAGCACUUAAAAGACAGCCGGGGCCUAAUGAAAUGCAAACAUCGCAGUGUGAUGUCAUCAGCGUCCUACCAUGCCUCAUGCCGGCAGCUCCUUAGCGAUGGCUGACUGUUAAUAUGUUACCGUGGCAACCAGCUACCGCAAAGACUUCUCCAUUAGAGCGGAACAGGUGGGGUGGGGGUGGGUUUCCAUUAAAGAAUAAAUGACGGCUUUUUUCCGCCCUCCCCACUCACAUGGUGUUCUUGUUUGUGACCGAGUUGGGUCUGGUGGUUUUGGGACACAUGACCCAGGUGGGCAAAUAUUCAGGUUAGAAUCGGUAUCGGAUCAAUCCUCCACUUCUCGGUUUUCUUCUGUGUUAAUUGUCAUAAAUGUCUGGUUUUUUUUUAUGUUGUUGAAAUAUGUUUAUCUUCCCUGGUACCUCGGUUUUCGCACGAUUCAGUUUUCAUAUACUUUUUCCACUGAAAGCCGCACACUGAAAAAUUAAAGCAUGAUAUUUUUUAUUUUUUAAAAACCAAUACAAUCUAUAUUGUCAUUUUGGUAGCGUUAAAGGUCCCGGGGACCCAAAAGGGUCUCAGUCAAUAAAGUGUUCAAAACAAUUUGGUUUUUCACUUCCAAUGCUAAAAUUUUUACAGAUCAACUUAAAAAAACAAUACAAUAUAUAUUGUCAUUUUGAUAACGUUAAAGGUCCCAGGGACCCAAAAGGGUCUCAGUCAAUUAAGUGUUAAAAACAAAUUUGGUUUUCACUUCUAAUGCUAAAAUUUCUACAUAUCAACUUCAAAAACCAAUACAAUCUAUAUUGUCACUUUGGUAACGUUAAAGGUCCCGGGGACCCAAAAGGGUCUCAGUCAAUAAAGUGUUAAAAACAAUUUGGUUUUUCACUUCCAAUGCUAAAAUUUUUACAGAUCAACUUAAAAAAACAAUACCAUAUAUAUUGUCAUUUUGGUAACGUUAAAAGUCCCGGGGACCCAAAAGGGUCUCAGUCAAUUAAGUGUUAAAAACAAUUUUGUUUUUCACUUCUAAUGCUAAAUUUUUUUACAGAUCAACUUCAAAAACCAAUACAAUAUAUAUUGUCAUUUUGGUAGCGUUAAAGGUCCCGGGGACUCAAAAGGGUCUCAGUCAAUAAAGUGUUAAAAACAAUUUGGUUUUUCACUUCUAAUGCUAAAAUUUUUACAGGUCAACUUCAAAAACCAAUACAAUAUAAAUUGUCAUUUUGGUAACGUUAAAGGUCCCGGGGACCCAAAAGGGUCUCAGUCAAUUAAGUGUUAAAAACUAUUUUGUUUUUCACUUCUAAUGAUAACAUUUUUACAGAUCAACUUCAAAAACCAAUACAAUAUAUAUUGUCAUUUUGGUAGCGUUAAAGGUCCCGGGGACCCAAAAGGGUCUCAGUCAAUAAAGUGUUAAAAACAAAUUUGUUUUUCACUUCUAAUGCUAAAAUUUCUAUAGACCAACUUCAAAAACCAAUACAAUAUAUAUUGUCAUUUUGGUAACGUUAAAGGUCCCAGGGACCCAAAAGGGUCUCAGUCAAUUAAGUGUUAAAAACAAUUUGUUUUUUCACUUCUAAUGCUAAAAUUUCUACAGACCAACUUCAAAAACCAAUACAAUAUAUAUUGUCAUUUUGGUAACGUUAAAGGUCCCGGGGACCCAAAAGGGUCUCAGUCAAUAAAGUGUCAAAAACAAUUUGGUUUUUCACUUCUAAUGCUAAAAUUUCCACAGAUCAACUUCAAAAACCAAUACAAUAUAUUGCCAUUUUGGUAACGUUAAAGGUCCUGGGGACCCAAAAGGGUCUCAGUCAAUAAAGUGUUCAAAACAAUUUGGUUUUUCACUUCCAAUGCUAAAAUUUUUACAGAUCAACUUAAAAAACCAAUACAAUAUAUAUUGUCAUUUUGGUAACGUUAAAGGUCCCGGGGACCCAAAAGGGUCUCAGUCAAUAAAGUGUUAAAAACAAAUUAUUUUUUCACUUCUAAUGCUAAAAUUUGUAUAGACCAACUUCAAAAACCAAUACAAUAUACAUUGUCAUUUUGGUAACGUUAAAGGUCCCGGGGACCCAAAAGGGUCUCAGUCAAUUAAGUGUUAAAAACAAUUUAGUUUUUCACUUCCAAUGCUAAAAUUUCUAUUGACCAACUUAAAAAACCAAUACAAUAUAUUGCCAUUUUGGUAACGUUAAAAGUCCCGGGGACCCAAAAGGGUCUCAGUCAAUUAAGUGUUAAAAACAAUUUUGUUUUUCACUUCUAAUGCUAAAAUUUCUAUAGACCAACUUCAAAAACCAAUACAAUAUAUAUUGUCAUUUUGGUAACGUUAAAGGUCUUGGGGACCCAAAAGGGCCACUUUUCAAACUUCCACCAUUUCCACAUUUUUCAACCGAUUCAAACCAUUCUACCUUCAACACAUUUCACCAUCCAGGAAAUUUAAACAACAUUUUUCCCAAAUUCAAAAAAAUUCCAGGAUUUUCCAGAAUUCCUGGUUUUCCAAAGCCCUAUUUCCACCCUUUUUUCUGGCGACUACUCCUCCCACAGUUUUCAACACACUUCAACCGUUCCACCGUCAAAACAUUCCCCUUAAUCAGGACAAAAAUAACUAAGUUGUUUUUUGAACUGGAAAAAUUCCCGGUUUCUCCGAAAUUCCAGGAAUUCCGUAAUAAACAUGUUACUACUUCAACAUUUCUCGACCGAUUUGAAAAAUUCCGACACCAACCAUUUCAACUCAUUCAAAACAUUCAAGUUUUUUUUUUACCAUUUUCCAAAAAAAAAAAUUCCCGCUUUUCCCGAAAUUCCCAAAUUUGGGGGAAAUUCCCAUUGAAAUGAAUGGGACAUUCUUCAAAGUUCCACAACUCCCACAUUUUUCAUCCGAUUCAAACAGUUCCAACUUCAAAAUAUCCGGCCUGUUCAGGAAUUGUGUGCUCUACUUCAACAUUUCAAAAAAAAAUUUCCAGGAUUUCAGUUCAUUGGAGCAUUCACAAGCAAUUCCUUCAGGAAUUGCCUCAUCUGCAACUUUUUCUCAUUACAUUACACCUGUUUGCUCUCUUAUUACACUUUUAAUAAUUCUUUUUACAUCAUCUGUGGACCACAAAUGGCCCCCGGGCCGCACUUUUCCCACCCCUGGUAUCGACCAAACAUUGCAUGUAUGAACGCAGUCUGUACGCGUAUCGUUCCGCAGACUUGUGUGUGCAAACAAAGAAUCCCGCGUGUCAGUGACUCAGUCAGUGAUUUUUUUAAUUUGGUUCGCCUGCAAUAACCUACCAUGGUGCCGGAGACGUUAUGAUCGGUUAGGGCCGGACCCCCAGGAUGCAGAGACCGAGGUGACGUGCAGGAAAAAAUGUUUUUAAUCAUCACACAAAACCAAUCCACACUAAGUACAAAAACAAAGAGCAAGGAAGGGGAUGAGAUGCAAAGGCAGUAUUUUUAACAUCAUUCUGUAUGUAUUCUGUAUUUAUAUUAUUCACAUGUAAAAAAAAUACCUAAGUGUUUAUUGUGAGCGAACAGUGGUGCUGAAUUUCCCCCAGGGAUCAAUAAAGUACUUUCUAUUCUAUCAUAAUUGUAAUAUGAUGUAUUCCAUAACGAGUCUACUGAGAGAUAUACUGUAUUUUUCGAACUAUAAGUCGCAGUUUUUUUCAUAGUUUGGCCGGGGGUGCGACUUAUACUCAGGAGCGACUUAUGUGUGAAAUGAUUAACACAUUAGCGUAAAAUAUCAAAUAAUAUUAUUUAUCUCAUUCACGUAAGAGACUAGACGUAUAAGAUUUCAUGGGAUUUAUCAAUUAGGAGUGACAGAUAGUUUGGUAAACGUAUAGCAUGUUCUAUAUGUUAUAGUUAUUUGAAUUAUGCAUUUUCGCCCGGUGCAACUUAUACUCCGGUGCGACUUAUACUCCGAAAAAUACGGUAAGUGAGAAGCAUACGCUGCUUUGUAUUAGAAAUGGCAACAGUGGAGGAUGCAUGUGCAUGUACGAGCCAGUCUGCCCCAUAUCAAGAGGAUAGAGGAAAAAGAAGGAACUUAUUGACUGCAAUGGUGGACUCGCGCAAAGCUGUUUGGGUAAAUCUUGACCAUAUAUGGACAUAUCUGUCACAAAUUGGGCAAAUUCCAAAUGGCUUAUUUUGAGGAAGUAUGAAGGAUGGCAAGAUAGUUUUAUAAGUAUCUCCCCAAGCAGGUACCACACUGCAAAAAGUCAGUGUUCAAAAACAAGAAAAUAAAAUAAAAUUAGGGGUAUUUUAUUUGAACUAAGCAAAAUUAUCUGCCAAAAGAACAA